AUGGCUGAUGAUACCCUUUAUUUGAAUCCUCAUGAAGCUGCUCUUGCUGUUAUUGCCACAUCCAUGAAAAAGGCCCGGCUGAGAUUAGAUAUUCUGUUUUUAAAUUCGAUUACAGGUGGCCUAUUAUUUGUGCCUGGUGGUCUUUUGUUUAUUGCCCUUCAUUCUGAAUGUUUAGAGAUAUUACAUACAAAUCCUGGUGUUCUUACAUUUAUCGGAGCGGCAAAUUUCACAAUUGGUCUAUUUUUUGUUUUAAUUAAUGGUGCAGAGUUAUUUAAUUCAAAUAUUUUAUAUUUUUCUCUAGGGCUAAUUAGAAAUUCAGUGACAAUUUUUGAUUUAGUCAUAUCAUGGAUUGUUUCAUUAAUUGGUAAUCUGGGUGGUUGUUUAUUUGCCACAUAUUUGUUUGUUUACGUUUCAACAACAGGAACUUCCAAAGAUUGGGUGGAGGGCUCAAUUUAUUUAUUAAAUGAAAAAAAUUCAUUUAAUUUUAUUAGAACUUUCAUUAAGGCCAUUGCAGGUAAUUGGUUUGUUUGUCUGGCAGUAUAUUUACAAUUGAUGGUUAAACCAACACAUGUAAAGUUGAUUGUUAUGGGAUUACCUAUUUUCACAUUUGUGUCUCUAGGUUUCACUCAUGUGAUCGCUGAUAUGCCAAUUUUAUUCCUUGGUAUGUUAAACGGUGGGCAUUUAUCUGUAGGCAAAUAUAUUUGGAGAUUAUUAAUUCCAGCAGUCUUAGGUAAUAUUGUUGGUGGUGUAGCUUUUACCAUCUUAGUACCUUAUUACUUGCAUCUAUUAGUGGUGGAAUUCGAUAGAAAGAAAUUAAACUUACCUAAUUAUGAAGAAAGAGAUGAACAACCUGAUGUGAAUAUGGAUUCAAGAGUGGUUAGAGUGUUGCCAAGUUCAAUAAGAAAAUCUACUAUUAAAAACAUGCAUAUUUCUCCUUUAAGAUCUAAUAAAAAAUUGCAUAGAGUCAAAGUACAUCCAUCUGAUGAUUAUGAAAAAGUUUCCUUGAAAGAUGAAGGUGAUGAUUCUGACUCUACGGAGUCGACAAUGUCUGUAGAAUCACAUAGAGCUGACGAUGGAACAUUAAGUAUAGUAUCAUCUCCUGCAUCAUUAUCAACAUUUUCCUCUCGUUCAUCAACAAAUACAAAUACUUCCACAAAUAAAGUACAGACAUUACAGCAUAUGGUUGUUGAUCCAAAUAGUUCAAAUAAUGACAAAUUUGUUACGAAUAAUAACGGUACUGAUGUUCGUAGUAGAUUAAAGGUUGAACAUUCUAAUGGAACAGCGAUCCUACCCAUCGCUCUAACUCCAACAAAUAUUGAAUCAGCUUCCAUAAUAAAUACAGUGCCCCAUACUAUUGAUACCACUCUUUCUAAUACAAUUUCAAAUACUCAUUCAAUCUAUUCAAAAAAGGGUGAUCAUAUAAAUAGAAUAUCUGCCACUUCUACUUCGAAACCGCAUCAAAGGAGUGGAAGUAGAAGCAGUAAGAGUAGUAAUAGAAGUAAUCAUGCUACUCAAAUUCAUUCAAACACAAAUACAAACACAGACACAAUCAUAUGGCGAACUAAAAGUCAGAACCUCAUUAAAAGAAUUAAAACAAUUAAUAAAACUCCUCCAGGAGUAUUUCCUAUUCUGGGGAUGGAUUCAGAUGAAAUCGAAUACGUAGCUGAAAAUGAAUACUCAAGUGAUAAUUCUAAUGAUAACGGCAAUAAACAAGAAAAUAUAAUGGAUCCAGAUAGACAAUUGAUACAUGAUAUAUUUUCUUCUCAUACUACGACAAAAUCUGAUGUAGAUGGAACUUUUAACUCUGAGCCAUAUUUAUCUUCUUCAAAUUUCUAUACUACUGAUUCACAUAAAUCUCGACAUUCAAGAACUCACAGCAGUACCACUCAUGAAUUUAAUAAAGAAAGAUCACCUUCCAUGUCUCAGUAUAGCGUAAAAUCUUAUUCAGGAAGGAAUAGUGUUCAUUCUUAUUCACAAAAUAUAUUUAACGAAAAUGCAGAAGAUAGUAAAUCCAUGUCUAGAGACAAAGCAUCCACUAAUAAAGUAUCUGAUAAAAAUCAUUAUAACGUUCUAGAAGAUAAACCUGGUGCUCGACUUGAAAAAACUUUAUCAAAGCUAAUUGAAAGAACAGCAUCCAGAGCGCGCUCGAGAUCUUGUUCUCAUUCAACUAUACAAAAUCAAGAUCAAACAGAAUAUUCUUAUGAUAUUGAAAGAAAUGCACCGGACUCAACGGCUAAUAAUAAUAAAAGAUUAUCUAAAACUACUCAAGAUUUGCUACCGACAAAUGCACUUGAUAAGCCAGGGUCAUAUGAUUAA